AUGGAACAGAUCAAUAGCAGUAUUGUUGCAUGCAUCUCGCACGAGCUUGUCGUUGAAAUUCUGAAAAAGCUUCCAGCCAAGGCUUUAAUACGUUUUAGUUGUAUUUCAAAAUCCUUUUACUCCCUUACAUCGGAACCCUUACUCAUUGAAUCACAUCAAAAAAGUAUUGUCACUCAAUUCCUCGUUAAUCCGGUAGAGAUGUCAUAUUAUAAUUUAUCGAAAAGCGAAGAACAUGAUCCAGACUUAGCUACUUGUCCCAUUCAAUACUUGGAUCAACCAUGUUUUUGCCAUCUUCGAAAGAUGCAAUCAAUCAAUGGCCUAGUUUGUCUAUGGAACUCCGUUGAAGAUGUCUCUAUUUGCAAUCCUUUCACAAAACAUGUCCUUCUUCCUUAUCAACAACAUAAGAGAACGAGUGACAGUAUAACAUCAAUUACUUGCACCCUUGUUUUUGAUCCCAUCACCGAAAAACAUAAAGUACUCAAGGCACACAUUGAGAAUCGUAAAUGGAGAUAUUGGAUUUUCACCAUUGGAAUAGACAAGUCGUGGAGAGAGAUUCUUCGAUUGCACCAUUAAAUUUACUUUUGUCCCAUGAGUAACAAUUGUGUUUAUAUCAACAGGGUCAUUUAUUGUGUAAAUCAUUAUGCAUGUGACAUAGCUGCAUUCAGUGUUGGAGAUGAAAAGUUUAUUAGAAUGAUUCCUUUCCCUGUUGGGGAAUGGACAGUGAGGUUUGAAGAAUCUAAUCCAAGAAUAGGAGAUAUGAAGGGUCAAGUUGCACUUUUAGGUCACGUAUAUUUUAAACGUGGAACAAUUGUUUUAUAUAUUCUCAGUGGUACUAGUGAAACAGGUGAAGCAAACAAUUGAUCUACCACCAGAGUUUGCAAAUAUAUCUCAAUUUCCUUGCAAUUUAUAUUGUAUCAAUAAUCCAAAAGGAGAGAGGCAUUGAAAAGAAAGGAUGGAGAAUAAU